UGACUGGAGGAUGGUAUUUUGGAGGGUUGUAUGGAGGAGACCCUGCAUUAUGUUAAGUGAUCUGUACAGCAGAGAUGGAGCGCACGUUUAGGAGGAGAGGCAUCUACCGCAGAGCUACAAAUGGGAAGGAGAGCAGAGGACGCAGACAGGGACCAGCCGUGCACUUCAUGUGGAUGCAGUCUCCAUGUACGCUCGCCCCAUGUCAGAAGGUUCGCUCAUAGUCUGCUAUCUAGAUCUCACCAAGCAGCCUUGUGUCGUCUCCUGUUUUCGCUAUUAGUUGGAUUUGUCUAUGAGAUGCAGCAUUACACUCUGCGUAGAUCUAUAGGAACAGGUUCCAAAUCCCUGACAGCCUUUAUAAGCAUCAUGCCUCCGGUGCCUCUAGAAGACCGCUCAGCCCCCCUACCUCGUCCCCGCUCCCUUCCAUUACAUUCUGCUCCACCUUCAAGAAUGGCCCCUGAGGUCCGUGGUUUGCAUUCAGGACAUAGGGCCCCAUCCCACGCUGACCUCACUUUGCCCGGACUGCUACCCCAACUCCAACCUCCCCGCUGGCCACGGGAACCUUGUUCUCGUCGGAGGGCUUCACCUCCAUCGCCUUCCCCCAGAUCACCUUCAUGUUUCCGUUGGGCUCUUCAUCCUCUAAAAUGCGGCUGCCGAGGCUGUUGGCGACUGCUUCGCCCUCCAAGGAAGUCAGUGGGUUCAUCGUGCAGCUGUGACCCCAUCGUGACGUUUGACCCUCAGUUUGUAGGGAGCUCAAGGGUAAGCUAUGAUGAGGAUGAUGAUUAUAGUGUACGAGCCAUUUGGCCAGAUGAGCUGGCACGAAAAAUUAUGUCUCGGACACGCGGAGGAAUGCUUGGAGGAACGCCACUGCUACUGGACUGUAGAGGCUUAGAGGGAUUGGAGGUAGAGAAUCCAGCACCUCCACGCUCUCCGCCUCCCCCCUCCACACCACCACCAAUGUCUCCAGUUGGGACAAAUAGAAGACUUCAAAGUUUGUACCUUCUUCUGGAACCCUUGAGUGAAAAAGAAAAUUCUGCAGGUGGAAGAGUAUUGGCUGACCCUGCUGCGGAGGACUGUGUUAUAGCACCAGAGGUGACUCCUGCUCCACCGUUGUCUCCUGACGUCGAAAAAGCUGAAUUGAGCCUAAUCUUGCCUUUCCUCUAUCUGGGCAAUGAAAAGGAUGCCCAAGACUUAGGGCGCAUGGUAGCUCUAAACAUAAGCCAUGUCCUGAACGUCACCACCCACCUGCCUCUCUAUCAUGCUGAGUCUGGAGCCUUGCGUUACAAGAGAUUACCAGCCACUGAUAACAGCAAGCAGGACCUCCGCCAGUACUUUGAGGAAGCCUUUGAAUUCAUUGAAGAGGCACAACAGGAAGGCAAAGGUGUUCUUAUUCACUGCCAGGCUGGGGUCUCUCGUUCCGCCACUGUGGUCAUUGCCUAUCUGAUGAAGCACACAUUGAUGACUGUGGGGGAUGCCUACAAGUUUGUGAAGGGGAAACGUCCCAUAAUAUCACCCAAUUUGAAUUUCAUGGGGCAACUCCUAGAGUUUGAAUCGGACUUAAACGCAGGCAUCACGCCGAGAAUCCUCGUACCCAGACUGAGAGGUGUUGAGAGUGACGUAUAGACGGUGGAAGAAGCCAAUUAUGAUGUUGCACAGUAAGACUUGACUAGAACGCAGCAAAACCUUCCAUCUAGAUCAUUAUUGAAAUGCAGCGUCAGGUUCCACCAGGUAAAUGGCUUCUGUGUCCACAGAAAAUGCAGCUUCAGGCCUCAGCGGAGUGAAAUCUGCAUCUGCAGUCUCAAAACCCUAAAGACCUUUGAUCUCCCAUCCCUAAAUCCUGCAGCCUCAGUAUUAUUGGAUGACGCUGUCAUGGAGGCUGCUGAGGUUAUAUUUUGCAAUUUUAUAUGUUAAGGUUUUUUUUUUUUUUAUAUGGUGUGUUAAGAUUAAAAAUAAGCUGUUAGAUAAAAAUAAAGGGGAAAAAAGGGAAUGGUUGUAUUAAAAGGGUAUUCUGGCGCUAAGACAUCUUAUCCCCUAGCCAAAGGAUAGGGGAUAAGAUGCAUGAUCGCGGGAGUCCCACCGAUGGGGACCCCUGUGAUCUUGCACGCAGCACCCUGUUAUAAUCAGUCCCCGGAGCACGUUCGCUCCGGGACUGAUUACUGGCGAUCACUGGGGCCGGAGCACUGUGACGUCACGGCCCCGCCCCGCGUGAAAUCACGCUCCGCCCCCUCAAUGCAAGCCUAUGGGAGUGGGCGUUUCACGCCCCCUCCCAUAGGCUUGCAUUGAGGGGGCGGGGCCGUGACAUCACACGGGGGCGGAGCCGUGACAUCACAAUGGCGGGACCCCCAGCGAUCAGUCAUCUUAUCCCCUAUCCUUUGGAUCCUUUAAGAUGUCUUAGUGCCAGAGUACCCCUUUAAAGUACUGCAUUCAACCAUGGCCCCCACAAAGGUAGCAUCCUAAAAAAUACACAUUACAGGUAUAGAGACCCUUGUGCUUGUAGCAUUUAGAUUAUAUUUCAUAUUAAUGACCUGUAGCAAUGUGUCACCCAUAAGAAUUUAUUCACCUCAAGUGAUCGUCAGACUACCGAUUUCUACUGUAUGGAAUAAAGCAGGCUAGCUAAAAAAAACAAAAACCGUGAAGCGCACCUGCCAUCCACACGUUAGGCGGCCAUCUUUGGUGCUGCAGUCGUCAGAAGAGUUUAUGAAUAUGCAGCUUGUAUACGGCGAUUCUCAUGCAAAAAGAACAUUAUUGACAGUUUGCGGGGAAUAGACGGCAACGCGGUGUGUCCUGAGCAUAUGGUGGGUUAUUUGCAUAUCAAUCGUGUCAUCAGCCGUUUUAUGGGGCCAUUCAUGGAUAAUUCAUGCAUUGGAACUGAAGAAAAUAGAUUUGUGCAUUGGCCAAUAGGCUUAGGGUGAAGAAGAAGUGGAAUGAUUGCAUAACAUUAAUCUGCUGGAUAACAAAUGUAAUCCCCUUCAGCCGGCGGACAGGGCUGCAUCAGAAAAUGAAAUAAGGGACAAUGAAUACCAGGGUUUUCUACUUACGCAAAGUGGAUAAUAUUGGACGAUAUUUUUUAGAAAAUAAUUUGCCACAGGAAUUAUGUGCAAUAACAACGGGAGAACUUCUUUUUUUAAUGACAUUGUGAGAAAAAUGAGGUAUCUGCUUGAAACGUAGCACCCUCCCCCCACCCCCUCUUUCCAGGGGUAUUUUCAUGCCAACUCUUGCCCAUCCCCUAAUAUCUGUGUCUUAUAAUCUUCCAAGUGGGAGACUGAAUACCUCGGGCAUUAAAUCCCCUAUUUACACUGUGAAACUGGGCAUCCUCCAAAUGGAGGGGGUAGCAACAAGAUGCCCACCAUCCCUUUCCCUUCUCCUCAUUGCUCCCUUAAUUUUAUCCGGGGAACAUAUGUUUAUUUAUUACACUGAUCUAUUUAUUGAAAUAAAAUCUUUUUUAU